ACGUUUCUUCCAACCUCUUGGGAAUCGGAAUUGCUCUGCACAGUUGAUGAAUGAUUGCUGGUAUGUAAUAGCACGACAUGAGGCGUCAUAUCUGAUGGUUCUCAACGCACGUUCGUGGUCGAACCAUGUGAGGACUGUUCUCUGCCAGUCUCAGGGGCCCGCGCGACGUGCUACAUCAAUCAAGCUGUCGGGCUCGCUGGAAGAGCGGCCUAUCGGGAGACGGGCCGCCAGGUACCUGCUGAACGUGCUUCUCCUCUCUACGGCGUUGGGUAGCCUUAGAGUUGUGCGGGCAUGCGCACCCAGUCUAGGGUCGUUCCAGAUGGGUGCGGCUAAACCCAAGCCUGGCCCGGCCGUCGAUAGGAUACAACCAUCGUCCUCAUCCCAUAAAGCACGCGCCGUCAAAACGCUGUCGCCCUCGAGUCUUUCCUCCAACGCGUUCGAUCUCUACCACCGCCCGUUCGACGCACACGACCUGGGCCGAGAUGCGUGCAGCCCUCGUUCUCGUAUCCACACUCGCCUGUGCGGGCUCUGCCUUCGCCGCCUCCGCGUUUACGUUCCAGCCACCCGCCGCAUCGCCCGAGUCGUCGUCGGCCAACUACACGGGCCAGACGAACAACACGCUUUCCAACGGGCCCCUCGUCCCCGGAAAGGCCUUCGAUCGCUUCAUCCAGAUCUGGAUCGAGAACACUGAUUACGAGACCGCUGCGUCGUCGCCGGUGUUCCAAAACCUCAGCACGCAGGGUCUCCUGCUCGACUCGUUCUACGCCGUCACCCACCCUUCUGAGCCCAACUACAUCGCUGCUGUCGGUGGUGACUUCUUCGGGGCAGGCGAUGACAACUUCUACCAUAUCCCCCAGAACAUCUCGUCCGUCGUCGAUCUUCUCGAGGAAAAGAACGUCUCUUGGGCCUCUUACCAAGAGAACAUGCCCUACGAUGGGUUCACGAGCUUCAACUUCACCUCAGAGGAUUACUUGAACGGCAACGGCACGUAUACGUACUACGUGCGCAAGCACAAUGGGUUGAUCAUCUUCGACUCGGUCGCGAACGUUUCCAGCCGCGCACUCCGUAUCCGCAACUUUAACGACUUCGCCAACGAUGUCAAAGCCGAUGUGAUCCCUCAGUGGAGCUUCGUCACCCCCAACCUUGUCAAUGAUGGCCACGAUACGACGAUCGACUUCGUCGGCGACUGGCUCAACUACUGGCUGGUCCCGCUCCUGGCAGACACCAAGUUCAACAACAACCGCACGCUGAUCCUGCUCACCUUCGACGAGACCGAAACUUACACUAUCAACAACCGCAUCUACACGCUCGUGCUGGGCGGCGGUCUCCCCGAGAACCUCCGGAACACGACCGACUCCACGUUCUACACGCACUACACCGCGCUCUCCACCGUCGAGGCGAACUGGGGCCUCAAGGCGCUCGGCCGCGGCGACACCAACACGACGCUCAACAACGUCAUCGACUUCGUCGCCAAGAAGACCAACUGGACCAACAACGGCCUCGCCGGCAACGACACCCGCAUCCCGCUGCUGAACAUCACGGGCACGAUCCCCGGCCCGCUCAACGCCGAGUUCUACAUCCCCUUCGUCGCGCCGAACACCUCCGGCGUCAGCGCGGGCGGCCAGGGCGUGUUCGUCUCCCCGCUGCUCGACACGGCGCUCACGCUCGCGAAGGCGCCGCAGCCCGUGAACCUCACCGCGUCCGGGCAGGCGAACCCGUGGGGCACCGACCCCGGCUUCAACUAUGCGAACGGGACGGAGGUCAUCCAGCCGCCGGCCGCCUCUGCGAGCAGCACGGCGCCGGCGGGCGGGAAGAACGCCGCCGUGAAACUGGGCGCGGGCGUGAGGGAGGGCUUGCUCGUCGUCGUGGGUGCUGUUGUGGGCGCUCUGAUGUUGCUUUGAGAGGAGGGGUUCGGUUUCGCGGCGAGUCGUUCUUGCCGGCCGCCCGUUUCUUGAUAAGUUAUCCAGAUGCUAAGCUCUGCUCUCUAGCACGGGCUUAGGGGUGACCUUGAGGCGUUGGGUCAUGCACGAAUAAGCUGUACAUCCGUAGUGUAGCGAAGAGCAGUGCUAUGAAUUGAACGCAGAAAAUAGCUAGCACCUAAUCUACUCCCAAUCUGCUAUGCGCCGUAUCAUCCGACCACUACGAAUGCGUCUACAGGAAGGAUCCGCAGACGGGAGAACGGUCCGCCCGCGCUUCUGACCGAAUUUGAGGACGCGCGGCACCUGAGCAUCACUGAGAAGAAACAGUUUUGUACCAAGGGCUUCUCUCCAGUAUGCAUGCUGUAUGCGCAGUCAUAACGAUCUCGACCUCCCUGCCCGGGGUCCGUAAGCUUGUAAGCCCAUUUCGGAUGUCGUCUUCGAUGCUGUCCUCGAUGACCAAGAGCAGGUACUCCUCGGACGGCUCGGUGAAUCGCUCGAGAAGCGAUAUCCAGUACGUUCUGUCGUCAUAUGGAUGUGAACUUUCGAACUCUUGACGGAGGUGAUUUCUUAGCUCCUGGACAGACAGGACUAGCUCCAGCGUCUGGAGCUCCGAGAGGGAAUCCAGCGACAGACAGGCGUCCAGCUGGCUCACACCGUGUCUGUGAGCCUCUGUGAAGAAGUCUGUGUCGUAUAAAACGUGGUCUAGUGUUCCGGCAGCAGGCAGCACUAGAACCGGGAUUGACUUGAGCUGGAGACAGCGAAUGCGGGAGGGGAGGUCACAGAGCAGCCCUUUCAGUUGCUCCCAUCCUCCGGGGACCACAUCGACAACCAGAGAAUGCA